CUCACUCUGGUUCUAAAUUCUAGGGUUUUUCGACGGAGUCUUCAAUGGGGAUAAUACGGAGUCCAUUUGAUAAGAACAAGUUCACUUGGGUGAUCAAGGAUUUCUCCUCUUUGCGAUCUGAGAUGAUUUAUUCUGACGAAUUUGUUCUCGGUGGCUGCAAAUGGCGUCUUAUGGCCUAUCCCGACGGAGAUAGGAUUAAAAAGUAUAUGUCUUUGUAUGUGGAAGUUGCUGAUUCUAAACAUUUGCCUUCUGGAUGGAGUAUACACACAGAAUUGCGCAUGGAAGUUGUAAAUCACCAUUUGUAUAAGCCCUCCCAACAGAAAUAUAGAAAAAAUUUUUGGUUUGAUAAGAAGACUCCUGCCUGGGGUUAUAAAACCAUGAUUCCACAUUCUAAACUUUGUGGUGAAGAAGGGUUUUUGGUAAAUGGAGAAGUCACAAUUGUAGUCCAGAUAGACGUUUAUAGAGUUAUUGGCAAAGUAGCUGCAAUAGAGAUUUCUGAAGAGGGAUCUAAAGGGGGAUAUGAAUAUGAAUCUGAAGAGGAAUCUAAAAAGAAAUCUGUAGAGGGAUCUAAAUGGGGAUAUGAAUAUGAAUCUGAAGAGGAAUCUAAAAAGGAAUCUGUAGAGGGAUAUAAUGGGGGAUAUGAAUAUGAAUCUGAAGAGGAAUCUAAAAAGAAAUCUGUAGAGGGAUCUAAAUGGGGAUAUGAAUAUGAAUCUGAAGAGGAAUCUAAAAAGGAUUCUGAAGAGGGAUAUAAAGGGAGAUAUGUAUAUGAAUCUGAAGAGGAAUCUAAAAAGGAUUCUGAAAAAGAUUGUGGAGAGGAAUCUGAAAAGGGUUCUGAAGAGGGAAGCAGUCCUCUUAAAAAGAUUAAGCGAAAUGAUGAUCGUGUGGAGUCUAAUGAUUCAGUCAACAAGACUCAACAUGAAUCUGAAGGGGGAUAUGAAUAUGAAUCUGAAGAGGAAUCUAAAAAGGAUUCUGAAAAUGAUUGUGGAGAGGAAUCUGAAAAGGAUUCUGAAGAGGGAAGCAGGCCUCUUAAGAAGAUUAAGCGAAAUGAUGAUGGUGUGAAGUCUAAUGAUUCAGUCAACAAGACUCAACAACUGAAGGAAACCAUGGAUGUCAAUGGGUUUCAAGUUCUUCCUUCACAGGAGAAAUUUGUGAGCCGUAUUUUUGAAAAAUACCCAGACAUUGCAGUAGGAUUCCAUGCAAAGAACCAACAUCUUAGGACAGCAUGCAUGAAUGUCCUCCUCAGCCUAAUCGAGACACUGUGUCAGUCACCUCAGGAGCUCUCAAAUGAAGAUAUGGUGGAAGCAGACAAUGCUCUAACAUAUGUGAAAGAUGCGGGCUUUAAGGUGGAUUGGUUGGAGAAGAAGCUGGAGGAAGUAAAAGAAAAGAAGGUGGUAGGGCAUACUGGUGAGACUCGGAUUCAAGAGUUAGAGGAGGAAAUGUUGAACAUUAUGUGUAAGUGGUCAGACAUGAAAGCUGUACUGGAGAAGGAGAAGACAAAAGUGUUGGCAGCUAGAGCUCCUCUAACAUUGGAUGAUUUUGUCUGAUGACUUGGGUACUACUUGGUGUGUUCUUGUCUGUUCGUUUGAGUCUCCAGAUCUCCUAAUUAGAGUCCUCUUAUAACUUAGGAAGGUAGAGUGACCCUUGUCGGAAUCAAGUUUCCACAUUUUGUAAUGAUGACUCGGUAGGAUAAUGUAAUUAAAGCAUGCUUGUAGUAACGAAAAAUCAAUGCCUUUUGGCUCAUCAAGUCUAUGAAA